UGGUUCGAUGGCUCUAAGCGCUCAGCUACGCGGUUGUCCUCCAGGUCUGCGGUGUCUUCUUCCGGUCUCGGUGGCGCUGCACGCGCGGCUCUCUAGGCCUCCUUCAGCUCGGUGGUGACGGUGGCCGAGGUGGAGAGCAGGUCUGAAGAGUGGCGGGACCCACUCCACUUCCUACGCGAUUUCUCGGAGCUGUCUAGCUCCUCCUCAGGGACUUUCCUGGGAAGGUCUCUAGGGCGUCCAGACCCCACCGCAAAGGUGUUUCGCGAUCCGCCGAGCAGGUGGUAGCCCCAGGAGCAUUUCCUUCCGGGCCGAAUGCGCAGUGGACGAUGCCCCUUCUGACCCAGCAGAUCCAAGAUGAGGAUGAUCAGUACAGCCUUGUGGCCAGCCUUGACAACGUUAGGAAUCUCUCCACUAUUUUAAAAGCUAUUCAUUUCCGAGAGCAUGCCACGUGUUUCGCAACUAAAAAUGGUAUCAAAGUAACAGUGGAAAAUGCAAAGUGUGUGCAAGCAAAUGCUUUUAUUCAGGCUGGAAUAUUUCAGGAGUUUAAAGUUCAGGAAGAGUCUGUUACUUUUCGAAUUAAUUUAACUGUCCUUUUAGACUGUUUAUCUAUUUUUGGAUCAAGUCCUAUGCCAGGGACUUUAACUGCACUUCGGAUGUGUUACCAAGGUUAUGGUUACCCUUUGAUGCUGUUUCUGGAAGAAGGAGGAGUGGUAACAGUCUGCAAAAUCAAUACGCAAGAACCUGAGGAGACCUUGGAUUUUGAUUUCUGCAGCACCAAUGUUAUUAAUAAAAUUAUUCUGCAGUCAGAGGGGCUCCGUGAAGCAUUUUCUGAAUUGGAUAUGACGAGUGAAGUCCUACAGAUUACCAUGUCUCCUGACAAGCCUUAUUUCAGGUUAUCUACUUUUGGAAAUGCAGGAAGUUCCCACCUUGACUAUCCCAAAGAUUCUGAUUUGAUGGAAGCAUUUCAUUGUAAUCAGACCCAAGUCAACAGAUACAAGAUUUCUUUACUGAAACCCUCUACAAAGGCAUUAGUCCUAUCUUGUAAGGUAUCUAUUCGGACAGAUAACAGAGGCUUCCUUUCAUUACAGUAUAUGAUUAGAAAUGAAGACGGACAAAUAUGUUUUGUGGAAUAUUACUGCUGCCCUGAUGAAGAAGUUCCUGAAUCUUGAGUCUUGAGUAUGACAAUUCACUGGUAUUUAUGUGUAUAUUUAUGACAGAUGAAGUUCUUAUUCUGAGUACAGUACUCUUUAUAAUUUCAUACUGGAUUUUCUAUAGAGAGGAAGCACGAUGGGGAAGAUAGGAGCAAGGUCGUGUACCUAAUAGUUACUGUGUUUUCUAAAUACAUUUUGUAGAGGGCAUGUAAAUAAAUGUUUUCAUGUAGUCAUAGAUUAUUCAGGACUGUCCUUUAGUUCUGUCUUUUGAACUUACAGUUAUGUGAGCCAAGGUAACAUUUCAAGAGUCUAAAGGCUUAAAGUUUGAUGCAGCUACCUGAAAUGUUCUUUCAUUUAUUUACUGUUAGAAAAAGCAAAGGCAUAUGAGCAUUGCUUAUUAGUUUGAAUUCUAGAGACUAGAUCAUAAAGUAGUGGUUCUCAAAGUGUUGUGCCCACACCAACAUCAGAACGGCCUGCAAACUUGUAGCAAACUCUGGGGAGGAGGCCAGCAUUCUGUAUUUUAACAAGCUUCCCUCAGGAGAUUCUGAUGCAUGCUAAAUUUUGGGAACCACUGGUUUAAAGGAAACUCUUUUUCUUUAAUAGGAUUUAAUUGUAUUGAGAUAAUUGCUUUUACAUGUGAUUUCCUUGUAAAUGUUCUGAAGUUGAGGCAUCACCAAACAAGUCUGAACAAUUCUUUAUGUGAUUUAUUUUUAAAGUAGACCUUUUAAAGAGAUCUGUGAAUGGGAUAUAAAGCAAUUUUCAGUGUUACAGGUUUUCUUCUUCUUCUCAAAACUGUUCACUGUAGUUAAGUAAUGGCAGUCAGUACUUAUUACUUUCCAUUUGCCUAUGAGUUUCUUGACAAAUCAAGGUGUAGAAAACCAGUUAUUAAGUGAUUUUGUACUUUCCUGGUAGUUGUCACUAAAAUAAUUUUUGUGGCAUAUAAAUAUAUUUAAUAAAAU